AGGCAAUGCUACCACUACAAGAAUGAAUACUCCUUGCGAACCUUCUGCUCACUGGAGCUGUCAUACGGUAGUUGGAUCAUGAUAGACGGGCCAGAACCGCCAGAACCUACACGACCUGCCCAGUAUGGCCUUCGACGCUGGAGGCUAUGUUGCUCCAAGCACGAGCAAUAUCCAGGACCUUGAUGCCGCCCUUCCCAUGUUCAACGUUGAGAGGGUGUCUCUCCAGUUUGCGAUAUCAUCCGACUUUGUAGCUGCUGAGGUUGCCAACAAUGUGCUGAUCCUCGCGCUUUCGACGGGCCGCAUUCUGCGAAUCGACCUUGACAGCCCCGCCGACAUUGAUGACAUUGACCUACCCAAAAAGCCUGGCGAAAUUGGGGUGAUCCGACGACUAUUCCUCGACCCCUCUGCGUCCCACCUCAUUAUCACGACCACGCUCGGCGAGAACUACUACCUCCAUACCCAAGCACGGACACCGAAAACACUUUCGAGAUUGAAAGGGGUUGUGAUAGAAAGUGUAGCAUGGAAUCCUUCCCAACCGACUGCGUCAACAAGAGAGAUACUGAUUGGAGCAUCGAACGGGAAUAUCUACGAAGUGUAUAUCGAGCCGUCUUCGGAGUUCUAUAGACGGGAGGAGCGUUAUCUGAAGGGAGUAUAUAAAGCUCCGGACGGGCCCAUCACAGGCAUCUGGGCAGAUCUGAUACCGGGGCGAGCGGACCUCCGACGAGUCGUGGUCGCAACACCUACGAAGCUGCUACAUUUUGCGGGCAAGAUUGGCCGACAUGGAAACGAGGGCAGUGGGUCGAUAUUCUCGAAGCUGUUUGAGAGUGAAUCGCCCAAUGUCCACGAUGUUUCAGGGCCACAGUCUUCCUCUCCAUCGUGUCUGGCAGUCUCGCCGGAGCUCGAAGAAGCGCCAUCAUUAGACCCAGUAGGAUCCGAAAAGGUAUUUGCGUGGUUAAUGUCACAAGGCGUUGUGCAUGGCAAGCUUCUGACUUCGGCGGAUACAUCCGAGCUGGGCAGCAAGGUGUUCUCAGAGACGAGAAUGUUCCCUAGAUCGCAAAUUCCCCCGUCCCAGACUGCUGGGGGUCGGCCGCGCAAGAGCCAGGAUCCAGUAACAUCCAUGAUUUUAUCUCAGUGGCAUGUUUUGCAGCUUGUCGAAGGCCGAGUUGUUGCUACCAACAGGUUGGACGACACAGUAGUGUUCGACCAAGCUAUCCUAGAGGCUGGACAGACUGCACUUGGCUUGGUAGCUGACUUAAAAAAAAACACGUACUGGCUGUUCACUACCCAAGAGAUAUUCGAAAUCGUGGUCACGGACGAGAACAGAGAUGUUUGGAAGAUCAUGCUCAAGUCUCAACAAUUUGAAGCUGCCUCUCAAUUUGCCAAAACAUCAGCACAAAAAGAUGCAGUAGCCACUGCCUCUGGAGACUACCUCGUCGGCAAGGGACAAUUUCUUGAAGCUGCGGCAGUUUACGGACGCAGCACGAAGCCCUUCGAGCAGGUAGCUCUCACAUUCAUUGACAACGGCGAGUCAGACGCUCUUCGAAAGUACCUCUUGACCAAGCUAUCGACAAUGAAGAAGUCAGCUGUAAUGCAGCGGGUGAUGCUGGCUACAUGGCUUGUCGAACUCUUUAUGGCGAAGCUGAACACACUAGACGAUACAAUCACGACGAAAGCGGAGCUCUCGGAAAGUAUGAAUGCCGCUGAGAGUCAAGACCAAUUAUCUACGACUCGGCGAGAAUACCAGGACUUUGCAUCUAAAUACAAGGCCGACCUUGACCGGAAAACAGUCUACGAAGUUAUCAGCAGCCACGGGCGAGAGGAAGAGCUUCUCUAUUUCGCUACUGUUGUCAACGACUACAACUAUGUUCUCGCGUACUGGAUUCAACGAGAGCGAUGGCAGGAAUCCUUGAACGUAUUAAAGAAGCAGACCGACCCUGAAAUCUUCUACAAGUACAGUAGUGUUUUGAUGGCAAAUGUACCGUUGGACCUCGUAGAAAUCAUGAUGAGGCAGAGCAAUUUGGAUGCUCGCAAACUAAUACCUGCGCUUCUUAAUUACAACAAGAUAACAAAUGUCCCUCUCGCACAGAAUCAAGCUGUGCGUUACCUGUACUUUGAAAUCAAUCAGCACCAAUCCACGGAUGCUGCUGUCCACAACACCUUAAUAUCCAUUUACGCAUCUCAUCCCACUACCGACGAGUCCGCCUUGCUUUCCUACCUUGAGUCUCAAUCGUAUGCAAACGAGCAGGACUAUGACGCGGAUUUUGCACUCCGUCUUUGUAUUCAACACAAGCGAGUACAGAGCUGCGUCCACAUCUACAGCUCCAUGCAACAAUACGUUCAAGCAGUCGACCUAGCCCUCAAGUACGAUGAAGUCGAACUUGCAAGCAAUGUCGCCGACCGCUCCGACACAGACCCGGCCCUUCGGAAAAAGCUGUGGCUUGCAGUCGCGAAGAAGGUCAUCUCCCAAAGCUCGGGGAUCAAGACCGCCAUCGACUUCUUGAAGCGAUGCGAUUUACUCAGGAUCGAGGACUUGAUCCCAUUCUUCCCUGAUUUCGUCGUCAUUGACGACUUCAAAGAGGAGAUAUGUGCUGCUUUGGAAGAGUAUUCGCGACAGAUUGACGAAUUGCGGAAGGAGAUGGAUGAGAGCGAGGAGACGGCUGCGCAUAUCAAAACGGAUAUCAAGGCCUUGGAGCAGCGAUACGCGAUUGUGGAACCGGGGGAGAGGUGUUACGUCUGCUCACUACCACUCUUGGCUCGCCAGUUCUUUGUGUUCCCGUGCCAGCAUGCUUUCCACAGUGACUGCCUUGCUAAGAAGGUGGUCGAGCUUGCGGGAUUCACGAAAGGAAGGAGGAUUACAGAGCUACAGGUGGAAGUCAGCAAGGGCGUCAGCGUUGGCUCGAAACGAGAGAAGGCUAUCAGGGAGCUGGAUGCUUUGGUUGGGUCGGCUUGUGUGCUAUGUAGUGAGAUGGCAGUCAAGCUCAUAGAUGAGCCGUUCGUUGCGUCCAAUGAUAACAAGGAGGAGUGGGCCUUGUAGGCUCUUUCUCAGUAGCGGCCUGUAUAUAGGAAACCCUUUUCAACGAACGAGAGUGGAGUAGAUAUGGUGUGGCAUAGGGCUAGAUGAGGAAGA